UCCCCCCCGCCCUCUCUCUCUCCUCGCUGCGCAAAGGGUGUAGCCGCCGGGCGGCGCGGGUCCUCCUGCCUGGCGCGCGGCGGCAGUGCUGCCCGCGCAGGCGCGUUGGCGUCGGGGAGCGCGCCCCGCCCCCCUUCCCUCAUCCGCGGAGCGCGCGCGCCAUGGACGUGAAGCGGCUGAAGGUGACGGAGCUGCGGGCCGAGCUCGGGCGGCGGGGCCUGGAUUCGCGAGGCCUCAAACUCGACCUGGUCCAGCGGCUCCAGGAGGCUCUCGACGCCGAGAUGCUGGCCGCCGGGCCUAAAGAAGCGGGCGCCGAGCCCGGGGCGGGCGGGAGGCGGCGGGCAGAGCCUGACCAGGGCCCGCUUGGGGAGGAAGAAGAGGAGGAAGACGAGGAGGAGGAAGACGAGGAGGCGCUGCUGGCCGACGAGGAGGAGCAGCCCCCGCAGCAGCCUGAGGCGGCGUCCGCGGCCAGGCGGCGGCGGCGGGCGCGGCGUCCGGCGGCGAGCAGGCCCCAAACCGAGCCCGAGGCCUCGGGGGAGCCGGCGGCGGCGGCGGCGGCGGCGGGUGGUUCGGCGGGAGGAGAGCCGAGCAGGGCGGCGACCAGGAACUUGCCGAAAGAUCAUCAGGGUUAUGUGAUUCAACUGAAAUUGAAGGCUCUAGUUGGAAAUGAGGAUGAGAAGGCAAAACAGGCUGGGCCGGACGGUGAACGCCACGCUCAAAGACAGCGCGAUGAGAAGGAAGAGCACGGUCGUGCUUAUUUUGAGUUUCGAGAGAAGCUUAUAACAGCGCAUCAUCAAAGAUCUAAGUCUCCACCGCCUCCAGAAGAGGAGGCCAAGACAGAGGAUGACGAGACUCUCGUGAUUCUGGACACAUAUACAUGCGAUCUCCACUUCAAAGCCACCAAGGACCGCUAUGGAGGGCAGCCCCUGUUUUCGGAGAAAUUCCCCAAUCUCUGGUCUGGGGCGAGAAGCACACACGUGAAAGGGGGCAAAGUCUGCUUCGAGGCGAAGGUGAUACAAAACCUGCCACUCAAGGAAGGCUGCACAGAGACUCACCUACUUCGGGUCGGAUGGUCUGUCGAUCUCUCUCGUUCCCAGCUAGGUGAGGAUGAGUUUUCUUACGGCUACGAUGGAAGAGGGCUGAAGGCUGAAAAUGCAUUUGAAGAAUUUGGCCAGACCUUUGGGGAGCAGGACGUGAUCAGUUGCUUUGCUAACUUCGAAAGUGAAGAGGUGGAGCUGUCCUUCUCCAAGAAUGGAGAGGACCUGGGCGUGGCCUCAAUCAACAAGAAUUGCUGGGGGACAAGGCCCUCCUGCCCCAGCAUCCUGUGCAAGAAUUGCGCCGUGGAGCUCAACUUCGGCCAGAAGGACGAGCCCCUUUUUCCCGGUUCCUGAAGGCUACUGUUCAUUCACGCUGUCCCUGUUGAGGAGCGUGUGCGCACACCCGGCACCCCCAAAGCUCCUGCAAAUGUGAGGUUCUACUGAUGGUUUGGGCUACCAGGAUGUGGGAAAACGUUUUGGCAGAAGCACACCCAGGAGAAUCAGGACAAGCGUUUCAACGUCUUGGGAACCGACAACAUCCUGUACCAAAUGAAGACAAAAGGCCCCAUGGUUGAAGAGCCGCUGCCUAUCGAAGCUUGCGAUUCGCUGCUCCAGCAAGCUGCCCGUUGCGUGAGCACUGUCCAGAUCGCACCCCGGACAAAGAGAAAUUUUAUUCUUGAUCAGUGCAACGUCUACAAUUCUGGCCAGCGGAGGAAACUGCUGCCUUUCAAAGGCUUCCUUCGCAAAGUGGUGGUGCUAGUGCCCAACGAGGAAGAUUGGGUGGACAGGCUGCAGCAGAGGGAGAAAGCCGAAGGGGAGAACGUGCCGGAAUCGGUGAUGCUGGAAAUGAAAGCCAACUUCUCCCUUCCGGACAAAUGUGACUACAUCGACGAAGUCCUCUUUCAAGAGUUGGCGAAAGAAGAAGCCCAGCCUCUGGUCACUAAGUACAAGGAAGGCCGGAAGCUCCUCCCACCCUCCGAGAAACGGACGAACCGUCGGAACAACCGGAACAAACGCAACCGCCAGAAUCGCAACCGCGGCCAGGGAUACGUUGGAGGAGGUCAGCGCCGGGGUUACAACAAUCGAGCCUAUGGACAGCAGCAGUACUGGGGGCAACCUGGAAACCGAGGCGGUUAUCGCAACUUCUACGACAACUACAGAGGCAGGGGAUUACAACCGCUUCUACGGCGCGAUUACGACUACAACAGAUACCGGGACUACUACAGGGACUACAACCGAGAGGUAAGAGGUUGUAAAAAAGAAAAAAAAAAUACUUCCAGGGCAGAGUUACAAGUAGUCCUCGACGUACGACCAUAAUGUUUUGUGCGUGUGUCAGUCCUUAAGUUGCCGCUAAC